AUGGUCGUCGCUACCAUCAAGUGUGUCGUGGUGGGGGACGGUGCAGUAGGAAAGACCUGCCUGCUCAUCUCAUACACAACGAACAAGUUCCCUUCGGAAUAUGUUCCUACCGUUUUCGAUAAUUACGCUGUGACUGUGAUGAUCGGCGAUGAACCCUACACUCUCGGUCUGUUCGAUACCGCCGGCCAAGAAGAUUACGAUCGCCUGCGCCCGCUCUCUUAUCCCCAAACCGAUGUCUUCCUUGUCUGUUUCUCCGUCACCUCACCCGCCUCCUUUGAGAACGUGCGGGAAAAGUGGUUCCCCGAAGUCCACCACCACUGCCCCGGUGUCCCCUGCCUGAUCGUCGGCACGCAGACUGAUUUGCGCGACGAUGCCAACGUCAAGGAAAAGCUCGCUCGUCAGAAGAUGCAACCUAUUCGCAAAGAAGAUGGUGACCGUAUGGCGAAAGAACUCGGCGCAGUGAAAUACGUCGAGUGUUCCGCUUUGACACAGUACAAGCUGAAGGAUGUCUUUGAUGAGGUACACUCUUUCCCCGCGGCUUUUUGGCCUUCAUUUUUAUCCCUUUACCGCCACUAA